AUGACCAUGCGACCUGUACCAAUCCCAAUCCCAAUAUCAUCUCUUCUUCCUCCUUCUUCAACUAAUCAAGCCGGACCUUCGACUUGUCUACAUACGCCAUCAUAUAUCGUUGGAUCUCUACCACCUACUUCUCCUAUUCAUCUAGCUUUGAAUUAUCUCACUUUGGCAGAUAGACUACCUUGUCAUCCGACUAAUGCACCAAACUCAUCUCAGCCAUCGAAUGACAUCAAGGGAAAGGGAAAGGAAAAGGAAAAGACAGAAUCGGUUGAUGGCCCUGUACCUGUGCACGAAUUGAGAGCAGGAGAAAGAGUGUUGAUCAUCACUGGAUCUAAAGGAUCUUUUGCGGACAGUAUUCAAGAGGAAGAUGAAGAUUACUUUAGGAAUCGUUCGGGAUAUUGGGAAGUAAUGAAGAGGUUAAAGAGAGUCGAUAUGAGAUAUUGUCCUACCCCAUCUCAUCUCCAACUUCUAUUGACACUACUCACAGAAUCAGAUUCUCGCUUCACAUCUAAAUUUGGAACUCAGUAUCUGGAAUCAACACCUUCUUUAGUCAUAUUAUGGGAUAUAGCGGGAAUGCUCAUGAUUGAUCAAGUUCCAGACGAGAAUGAGCCUCCUCCUCUAGAUCAAGGGGUACCGUCAGGUGAAGAUGAAGAGAUGCAUGUUGAAUCAAACCCAUCUACUGGGAAGGGAAGAACCUUCAUCUCUUCCGUUUGUAUGUCAGACUACAUGGAUGUACUCUCAGCUUCUAGAGCAGCGAUAGAUCAUCUAAAUUCGUUACAUCCUUCGGUUCCUCCUACCCAGUUGAUCAUCCUCGAACCAUCCCUGAACACUUCAUCAACAUUACCGAUCUUACCGCCUUUAACGUCCGAAAAUGAAGAUCCCCGAAUGUCCAAAUCGGCAAGAGAACGUAGAGUCAAUCUGAUAGAUGGAGCUAGAUGGUUAUUCGGUAAAGAUAGCAUUGAUAUCAUUCACCAACUCUCCGGAGAGAAAGGAGGUAUGACUUCGUAUUUCUCUUUAUCGUUUGAAACCAACCAGGAUGAAAAGUAUCAGAUGAAGAGGAGAAAAUGCCCAAAAGCGGAAUACACAACCGCCGAAAUUCUGGGAGAGGAAAAGCCAUCGGGAUGGACAUGGGAAUGGGUUUCUUCGUAG